CUAAUUUCUAAAACAAAUGGCAUAGCCAACUCCAAGAAUCAUAAAAGAGACAUAAAACUUAGCAAAGGACAAGGUUUAAGGUAUUGAAGUGACUCCUAAUCCUGCAAAUUUCAAACAUUUUUUCGUUAUAAUUUCAGGGCCUCCCAAUACUCCAUAUGAAGGUGGAGUUUUUGACGUUGAGUUGCUAUUACCGGAUGAUUAUCCAAUGUCCCCACCAAAAUGUGUAUUCAAUACAAAGAUCUAUCAUCCAAAUAUUGAUAAUCUAGGAAGAAUUUGUUUGGAUGUGUUAAAAGACAAGUGGUCUCCUGCACUUUAAAUAAGAUCAAUUUUGCUAUCAAUUCAGGUGUUACUGAGCUCACCCAAUCCUGAUGAUCCAUUAAACAAUGAAGCAGCCAAUUUAUGGAAAGCAAAUGAAGCCCAAGCACUAAUGAAAGCUAGAGACUUCACAUUGAAAUAUGCAAAAAAACAUUGAUAUGUUUGAUUUAUUGGAAAAUAAAUAUAUAUUUGAUAUUCUUUAA